GGUAUCGCUCACCAUCAGACACCGAGAGUCACCGGUACCCGACGCACAUAGACUACGCCAUCCGUCAAACUGCCGCUUUUGGGAGGGUUGUCUGCGAGAAACAACAUGGAGGACCGAGUGGCUUUACUGCUGCUAGCGCUGGCGACUUCGGCUCUGACCGCUGAGGUGCCCACUGAUGUGUCCAUGGGUCUUCUGGCUGAGCCUCAGGUGGCAAUGUUUUGUAGUAAACUCAACAUGCACAUCAACGUGCAGACUGGCAAGUGGGAACAAGACCCUUCUGCUACCAAGAGCUGCAUCGCCACUAAAGAGGGCAUCCUGCAAUACUGCCAAGAGGUCUAUCCGGAGCUCCAGAUUACAAAUGUGGUGGAGGCCAACCAACCAGUCAGCAUCCAGAACUGGUGCAAGAAGGGACGCAAGCACUGCCGUGGUCACAUGCACAUUGUGGUGCCUUACCGCUGCCUGGUGGGGGAGUUUGUGAGUGACGCACUGCUGGUCCCCGAUAAGUGCAAAUUCCUGCAUCAGGAGCGAAUGGACCAAUGUGAGAGUCACCUGCACUGGCACACCGUCGCCAAAGAGUCCUGCGGCGAUCGAACCAUGAAUCUCCAUGACUAUGGCAUGUUGCUGCCAUGUGGCAUCGACCGCUUCCGUGGUGUGGAGUUUGUGUGCUGCCCAACUGAGGCACCGCGUGACACAGACAGCGCUGAGCAGGAUGCAGAUGACUCGGAUGUUUGGUGGGGAGGAGCUGAGACCGACUACUCGGAUAACAGUAUGGUGCGAGAUCCGGAGCCAGUGGAGCAGCAAGAGGAAAGCCGGCCAUCUGUAGUUGCGCAGGAGCCACAGCAGCAGGAGGUGGUUGUGACUGAGGAUGACGAGGAGGAAGAGGACCUUCUGGAUAAUGACCAGGAUGGUGAUGGGGAGGAAGAUGAGGAGGCUGUGGAGGAGGAGGAGGAGGAGGAUGACGACGAGACUGAAGACGAUGAGAACAUUAUUGAUACAUUCGAUGAUGAUGAUGAUGACGACGAUGAUGAGCCAACCACAAACAUUGCCAUGACGACCACCACCACCACCACAACUGAGUCUGUGGAGGAGGUUGUCAGGGAUGUGUGCUGGGCCAAUGCUGAGACCGGCCCAUGUCGGGCCAUGUUCUCCCGCUGGUACUUUGACCGCCAGGAAGGCCGCUGCGUUCAGUUUAUCUACGGUGGCUGCGGAGGGAACAGGAAUAAUUUUGAGUCAGAGGAGUACUGCAUGUCUGUGUGCAGGAGCGUCAUCCCCACUGCCACGCCCAGUUCCCCUGACGCCGUGGACCACUACCUGGAGACUCCAGCUGACGAUAAUGAGCAUGCUCAUUUCCAGAAGGCUAAAGAGAGUCUGGAGGCCAAGCACCGUGACAAAAUGUCCCAGGUGAUGAGGGAGUGGGAGGAGGCUGAGAAGGAAGCCAAGAAUCUUCCCCGUGCUGACAAGAAGGCAGUCAUCCAGCGUUUCCAGGAAAAGGUGGAGGCACUGGAGCAGGAAGCUGCCAGCGAGCGACAGCAGCUUGUAGAGACCCACAUGGCCCGUGUGGAGGCACUGCUCAAUGACCGACGUCGUCUGGCUCUGGAGAGCUAUCUGACAGCUUUGCAGCAGGACCCACCCAAGCCUCGUCAUGUGUUCAGCCUGCUGAAGAAGUAUGUGCGAGCUGAGCAGAAGGAUCGCCAGCACACCCUCAAACACUUCGAGCAUGUCCGCAUGGUGGAUCCGAAGAAAGCGGCUCAGAUCCGGCCCCAGGUUCUGACCCACCUGCGUGUCAUCGAGGAGCGCAUGAACCAGUCUCUUGGUCUCCUUUACAAGGUUCCUGGUGUGGCGGACGACAUCCAGGACCAAGUCGAGCUACUGCAGAGGGAGCAGGCGGAGAUGGCGCAGCAGCUGGCCAACCUGCAGACCGACGUGAGGGUCAGCUAUGGCAACGAUGCCCUUAUGCCCAACCAGGAGCUCGGAGACGGACAGAGAGACUUCCUGACCCAAGAGGAAACCUUGGGGAUGGGUGGAGUGGGCUUCGUCCAUCCUGAGAGCUUCAACCAGGCUAACACCGACAACCAGGUUGAACCAGUCGACUCUCGUCCCAGUUUUGAUCGCGGUGUUCCAACAAGACCAGUGAAUGGGGUGAAGAUGGAAGCACUUCCCGAGCUGAGGAUGGAGACGGAGGACAGACAAAGCACAGAGUACGAGGUCCACCACCAGAAACUGGUCUUUUUCGCCGAUGAUGUGGGCUCCAACAAGGGGGCCAUUAUUGGCCUGAUGGUUGGCGGGGUCGUCAUAGCGACCGUGAUCGUCAUCACCCUGGUGAUGCUGAGGAAGAAGCAGUACACCUCCAUCCACCACGGAGUCAUUGAGGUGGACGCUGCUGUCACCCCUGAGGAGCGCCACCUGUCCAAAAUGCAGCAGAACGGCUACGAGAACCCGACCUACAAGUUCUUUGAGCAGAUGAACUGAGGAGAAUGUCAUAUCAACACAAAUGCACACACAACCAUCGACUCCCACGCAUUAAAUCCCCCACCCUCUCCCUCUCCCCCCUUUCUCAGAGUGGCAAAGGACCGUAACAUUUAAGAGGUUUCUUUCAUGUCGGCAUGGGCAGAGGCCAGAGUCAAUUUGCACCAAAUUUGUUCACUUUAUGAGAGCGAGACGCCUUUUUCAAUGAUAGUAAGAUGUUUUUUUCUUUUCUGUAACUCUGUCUGGUCCUGCUGAUAUGUGGAGGAGGGGCAGUCCUGUCCAGACAAGCAAGUAAAAGACAGAUGUGCGCCCUCUUUACCAAUCCAUAAUUUAUCAUUCGCAGUUCUGUCUGAGUUUCGCUGGACGGCUGCCUGGGCUAAAUCGAUAAACACUGUAAUUGAUGGCUUUUGUUUGCAGGAAUUGAACUGGGUUUCAACAAGAGGCGUAACAUGGACAGUUGUGAGUCUUCAUGAAUGUCGCCGUGUUUGUCGCCCGAGGCAAGUUGGCAGUUCUGUAACAGGGGAACAGUAACACAGGUGAAUUUGGUAGAAAGCCCUCAAUACGUUUUUGGAUUGACUGAUGUGGCUUCAGACGGCCUCUCUCUGGGUCACGUGUUGAUUCCAUGUUAUUUUGAAUGGCUGUUUGCCACAGCGUGAGACACGAGCCUUUAACUUAAAACUUCUCUCCCCUUCUCAGACGAAAGGAGCAGAUCUAUCAUUGUUCAUUGUUCUACUACCUAUGAUCCGGUCUGUCCUUGUAGAGUCAACUGUUGCCAAGUGUGUUUUCGUUCCUGUCAGGUUUAUCAGGGAAUUUGUCAAAGUCAUCCAAACCUUAUUUCCUGUUUACGUUUCAAAUCAAAAUCCACUGUGCAUAUCAUGUGGUGACAUAGUUGACACUGGAGUGUACAAAUACCCCCCUGACCUCCCUCCUCCACCUUUCCUUCCUUCCAUCCCCAUUUCUUUGUUCAUACUUACAACAGCUGGACUGUGACGAGUCACACAAGGCUCUCGAGGAUCUCCGGAGACGAUGGUAUCAAUGAAGAUGGUAGUCACUACGUAUUUUGUUUUCUCCAUGGUUUCCCAUUCUGUUUUUUAAAAAAAGAUAGUUGAAAAUAGUACUGAGGUUUAAAAAAAAAAAAAGGUGAUCUGAUGUAAAAUUCUUUUUUAAAUUGCGUGUGAUGUACUUAAGUAAUGCUGAAGUCUUAGCUGUUCUUAUGUAGUGCAUGAAAACAGGAUUGGGGAUUCAAAAAAAAAAGAUCUGAUCGCUGCUGUCGCUCUCUCUCUCUUGAGAUCCUUUCUCACAUAUAGAUUGUCAUUCUAGCAAGAUUGUACAUUUAGUAUCUUCUCGUGACCGCGUGACUUCAAACUGACGAAAAUAUAUAUGAAUCUAGAUGAACGGGGUUCUGCUUUUAUGAUGUACCAUGCACAUUGAAAUGAUGAUUUGAAGAGUCCUCGUGGGCCCUUCUUGUUUUCAAAGUGUGUUCUGUUCAGGGGCUGGUUUUAUCUCGGCCAAACAUAUUGUUUUUAAAAAGGUUGAGGGAUUCUUUAGGUAAAAGAGUUGUAGGUUUGGACUGCCGUGUCUGAAUGGUGGCUACCAGGGCGUCUGUGUCUUGGUUGUAUUGUAAGGAGAAGGCAUCACAGAUGAUUGAGCGACGUGAUACCAAGCGGUCCAACUCUAGUCGGUAUACGUGUUCUAUCAAUAUCGCAUGUUUAACUGGACCAGCUCAGGGCUGUAUCGGAUCUCUGUUCUUAUGGGAUGUGGAAGUGUGUUGUCUCUCUCUCCCCUGCGUGUCAUUUUCUGUCUGGUGUUCUGUCCAGUUGUGAUUUUUUUUUUUUUCUCCCCCGUGAUCAUUUCUACUCUCUGUUCAAAGAAGAUGGGGGAUUAUAAGAGGGUGGGUCGGCAAAGGAGGGUGAGGUGCUGAUGAAAUGACUUGCAGUUCGCAGUGUGUGUGUGUGUAUAUAAUGGAUCUUAAAUCCCUCCUCUCCCAGCGCCGCCCUCCCUCUUACCCCCUCUUCCACAGUCCCUCCUGUAGGCAUGAUGCUCACACCACUGCUGUCGAUUCACCGUGGACUUUCCCCCAAAAUUCUAUCAGUUAUGUGAUGACAGACCGUCAGUCUGCUGUGAGUGUGCAAUGGGCGGCCAACAGAGGGCAGUAAAGUAAAGGAGGAAGCAGGAUUUUCUUUCUUUGAAUUGGUUUUCCACUGUGUAGUAUUGUGCAGGCCAUUUGCAUUGACUUGGAAAAUGCUUUCUACACUCUAUUCCAUGAUAAUAAAAUUUUGAAUGUA